GGGCCAGACUGCAGUCCCGGCAAAGGCAGACCUGGAGCAGAGAGACCCCCAACCCAAGCCGGAGGGAAGCGGCGACCCCCGAGCAAGCCGCGCAGCUAACUCCGGCAGCUUCAAAGGCGCCGCUUCCCUCGGCUGGCAAAUUGGGGAAGGGUCGCUUUCUUUUUUCUCUUGCUAGUAGCCGGGCGGGGGCGUUUGCGGGGCUCCUGCUGCUGCGACCCCGGCCCGGAGCCUGCCUGCUUCUCUUUCUCUGCCUCCCACCCACCCAUUCGCGAUCUUCCGAGGAGCGGCCAGGAAAGAGGGUCUCCGGCGUCCCCCGCCAGCCAGAUCUGCAGGGAUAAACGCCCCCCCUCCACCUUCCCCUCCUGCCUCCGGAUCGUCCCGACGAGAUGAAAUUGACCGGGCGCUUCGUCCUGGCGCUGCAGCUACUGGCGGCCAAGCUUCUGGCGCAUCAAGGCUGCGAAAACGGGGAGGUGGCUUCUUCGGGAGAAUGCUGCAUCCUGUGUCCCCCAGGCUUCGGGGCACAGGUGCCCUGUGGGAGCACCAACACCGUUUGUGAACCCUGCCAAGAAAGUGUGACGUUCUCCUCCACCGCGAGUGCCACAGACCCGUGCCAGCCAUGUUCCGUGUGCCCAAGACAACUUCCCAUCCAUGAUUCCUGCACAGCGACCCGUGAUACGCUUUGCGCCACCAGCUGUCCGCGCGGACAUUACCUCACGCCGGGAAACGGGACGCAGCCUCGAGGGUCCUGCAUUCCUUGCCAAGCAUGUGAGGAAGGCUAUGGGGCGAUCCAGGAGUGCAAGCCUGGCAGUGACACAUUGUGCCAAAAAUGCCCUGAGGGUUACUACUCUGAGGUGAAGAGCCCGUAUGAGCCAUGUCUGCUUUGCCGACGAGAAUGCGGACCGAAGGAAGUUAUGAUCCAGUCGUGCACCCCGUUAUCGGACACUCUCUGCAUGGAUAAAGAGCUGCAGAUCCUGAAACGGCCUGAAGGGGCGCCCCAGAAGGACAAUCCGAGAAGGAUGGCGCCCCUAGAGGCAGAAGGCAGCGGUUCUCAUAACUCGUCCUCGGAGUUUGUGCCCUCGCUGAUGGACAACCAUCCCAACAACAUAAUCCCUGUCUACUGCUCCAUCUUGGCCGCCGUGGUGGUCGGACUCCUCGCCUACGUGGGGUUCAAAAGCUGGAAAACGUGCAAGCAGAAGCACCAGCUAGCCAAAGCCCGGAUGGUGGAAUUGGCAUCGUCCCCCGAAGGCGAGAAACUUCAAGGAGACAGCGGGGUCUUCCUCGACACUCACAGCCUGCAGGAGCAGCACCCCUUGAGCAAGGGACCCAGAGCCGACCCCCGCCUCUACAGCAGCCUGGCCCACCCGCUGCAGCAGGAAGUAGAGCAGCUGCUGGAGGCGCCCACCCCCUGCGGCAAAGACUGGCGCAGUCUGGCUCAGCACUUGGGCUACCUGGACGAAACCAUCGAGACCAUCGGCUGGGGGGAGGCCCCCGCCCACACGCUUCUCUCCGAUUGGUCGGCCCAGGAGGGGGCCACGCUGGAGACCCUGUGCCAGGCCCUGACGGCCCUUGAGCGGGGGGACGUGGUGGACCGUCUGAAGGCGCCCCUGGAGGUUAGCUCCGUGGUGUGAACACACACACCCCGCCCCGCCUCGCCUCUGUGGCUGCCGGAACAUCCAACCCUUAUUUUUCUCACUUUUUUUUUGCUUAAAAAUGAUUUUAAAAAACAAGGUUUUAACUAGCCGGGCAGUGGAUGAGGGAUAGGACUUUGCUUUUGGGUGGGUGGGGGGUUGGAAGAAAAAAGGAAAAUUUGGAGAAGCCAUCAGGGAGGGCUGGAUGGAAGCUAGGAAGGUGCUUAGCGGGAGAGAGAGAGGAAAAAAAGUACCAUCAGUCCUCCAAGCAAGUUCCUUCUCUGGAACAGGUAUUUUGGAUUUCCUGGUGGUGCCCUAUCCAUACCGGUUUAGUUUUUGGUCCUUCCGAUUGGCCAACCUAAGUCUGUCUCUCUCUCUCUCUCCCUCUUUUUCUCAUUCUCUCUCCCAUUCUCUACUUUACUUUCAUUCUCUUUUUCUAUCUAUUCUCUCUUUUUCUCUCCCUCAUUCUUUUUUUCAUUCUCUUUCUCCCAUUGUUUUUUCCCUCUUUUUCUCUCCUGUUCUCAUUUUCAUUUCUUCAUUCUCUCUCUCUCUCUCUCUCUCUCUCUCUCUUUUCUAUCUAUUCUCUUUCUCUCCCUGUCUUUCAUUCUUUCUCUUAUUCUUUCUCAUUCUUUCUGAGAAUGAAAACUCUGGUUUUCUUUCUUUCUCCCCUUCUUUUUCUCUCCCAGUCUCAUUUUUUCCUUCCUCUGCUUUCUUUUUCAUUCUUUCAUUCUUUCUGUCUCUCAUUCUCCCUCUCUUUCUCUUACACGCACACCCCCUCCUCACACACUGGCCGUUCUCUGCGUGGCCUUUUUGUUUCUCUCCAUGGUAGCCCUUUUGGCUAACCUCAUGAUGGAACCUUGAUCAGGGCUGACCCCCGGUGUGACCGUCAAUCAGGUGCUGGAUCCAGGUUGACUCCCAGCAGAACAUGGCUUAACAAACCCAGUUUGUUACCCAAGCAAGCUCCCAGGUGGCUUCAAGCGUUGGCUGGCUGGGCAUGUCCACACAACUAGGCUCACAUUCCCACAAGAUGCUGAGAACUAGAACUCCCGGAACCUAUUUUCACGGAACCUGAGCCGAUCUGGGACUGACAAUCCUCUUUACAGCGAGGAUGGACUUCAAUCACAGGGUUGCGGCUGCCAUUUUGACUUAUUUGACUUCUCCUGGCUGCUACAGUUUGCUUCCUGUGGCUUCAUCCGGCCAAAACAUUUCCGCGGGACUGAAUUUUCCCUUGAAUUUUAUUAUUCCCCACAAAAUGAGACAAGCUGCGUCGGGCAAGCCAUAAAUCAUAGUUAACUGAUCCGAGUGGCUAUGAUCACCAACUUUAUUAGCCAAGAUUAAAUUGCGGAUUAUGGAUUAUCUUGGUUUACCCAGCGCUCCACAGUGGUGUUUCUCAGCCAUGAUGGGUGGAUUUCGACUGCCAGACACAAUUUUAUGACUGUCAUUAAGUGAGUCACCAGAGUCCUUAAGUGAACCCCAAGCUCUUAAGGGAAAACAUUUUAUGCAAUGGGUGUUUUUUGCUGGAAAAACCAAAAAAAAAAAACGUAAAGUGGAUUCACGUGACCAUGGGAUGCUGCCAACGGUCGUAAAUGUGAAACAGUUGCCAAAUGCGUGGAAUGCUAUCACGGCUCGUUGUCCGUCACGUGGCAGUUGCCUCAAAAUGAGCACACAAACCUAAUAAAUAAGUAAAAUACAGGAAGUCCUCUACUUACGACCACAAUUGAGCCCAAAAUUUCCAUUGUCAUGUGAGCUUUGCCCCAUAUUGCAACUUUUCUUGCCACAGUUGUUAAGUGAAUCACUGGAGCCACACGGCCGUUAAGUGAAUCCGGCAUCCCCAUUGGCUUUGCUCGUCAGAAGGUUGCAAAAGGAGAUCGCGUGGCGAUCGCGUGGACACAGCAACCGUCAUAAACAUGAGUCAGUUGCCAAGGAUCUGAUCAUGUGACCAUGGGGAUGCUGCAACGGUCGUUAAGUGUGAAAAAAUGGUCAUAAUUUACUUCUUUCAAUGCUGUCGUACGUUCCAGCGGUAACUUAAUGAUCCUGUAGUAACUCUGAAUGCUUGUUAAGCGACCAUGUCAUAAACCAAGGACUGGCUGCCGAGAGAAGAAAGAUGCUGGUAUUUUUUUGGGGGGGUAAUAAAAUUAACUUCCCUUCUGUAAAUAAUCCUGGAGUUUUGCUAAUGUCCUUGAAAGAGAAGAAUUGUAAAUAUCCAAACUGUCGUCGUUUCCACAAUUCUACAGUUUAAAUAAAGUUUUGAUUGUACGA